UGGACACAGCAUAUGCCCGCACUUACGUGGAUCUAUUUCACACCUGCAUGGGGACAUAGUAAAGAUUUGUUUGUUUAUUUUCUGGGAAUUAACUGGCAUCUAAAUGGAACUUGUUUUGUCGAAGAAUGUAACCCCUUGCGGAAAUACAGGUGGAAUGAAUUUGGACAGAAUCGCAGAGACCGUGAGACCCCCGCCGACGCGCGACAUGUCCUCUACGUUUCACUUGCCGAGAACUGCAAACAACACGCGAGAAACGUUGGAGAACUCAAGCAGCGAGUCAUCAGAUACUGAAGUAACAGAAAAGGAGAGGAGUGUAGAACACAGAAGUGACGAUGGAAACGCAGAUGACCCCAAAAAGAAGAAAGCGAGGCGGCAGAGGACUCAUUUCACCAGCCAGCAGCUGCAAGAGCUCGAGGCCACCUUUCAGCGGAACCGCUACCCCGACAUGAGCAUGAGAGAGGAAAUAGCUGUGUGGACCAACCUCACCGAGGCCAGAGUCAGGGUGUGGUUCAAAAAUCGCAGGGCCAAAUGGAGGAAACGUGAACGCAACCAGCAAAUGGACCUGUGCAAGAACAGCUACCUGCCCCAGUUCAGUGGCCUCAUGCAGCCCUACGACGACAUGUAUCCCGCCUACACCUACAACAACUGGACAAACAAAGGACUGACCCCGGCUAAUCUGUCCACAAAGAACUUCGCCUUUUUCAACUCAAUGAGCCCACUCACAUCCCAGUCAAUGUUCUCAGCUCCUAACUCCAUCUCCUCUAUGACUAUGGCCGGAGGUAUGGGCCACUCGGCUGUACCGGGAAUGCAAACUGCGGGCCUGAACAACAUCAGCAAUUUUAACGGCAUCGGCACCGCUACAAUCAACUCAGCCAUGUCCUCGUCGUCCUGUCCGUAUGGGCCUCCUGGUUCCCCGUACAGCGUAUACAGAGACACAUGUAACUCUAGCCUUGCGACCCUGAGACUGAAAUCGAAACAGCACCCAACUUUUGGAUACAGUGGGUUGCAAAGUCCCGGGUCUAGCCUUAAUGCCUGUCAAUACAACAGCUGACGUAUCAGCCGUGAUGAAAAUAAUUUGCGGACAGCUCUAAGCCUAGUAGCCUAGCCUACCUGCGAAUGGAGCGAAAGACAACUAAACUGGAUUAGUUGCAAUCAUUUAUUUUUCAAAUGAAUUAUGCGGUUUGUAGCCUAUGUGUUUACCAAUUAACUUGUAGGCUACAACAAUU